UAUUGACAGAAACUCGGCUUUUCUCUCCAGUUCGCCCCGGUCCACAGCACUCGUCCUCUGAGUGCGGACCCCACUGUCGCUUAUCGGACUUUUUGCCGUUUACUUUACCUUAAUAAGCUAAUAUUACCGGUAAAUAUGUUAACCACUUCGUUAGCCGCGUUCAUCGCGGUCUUGGUCGUGACCAGCGCAGAGUCUUCAACUAACUCCAAAGAUGGAGGUCCAUUGGCAGAACUGCCAGAGAACUGGGACCAAACAAAGGAUGACACACAAUCAUUAUUUUUGAACAAAAGUGACAAAAAUGACCUGGAACCGUAUCCUCUUGCACUUAGUGAAGAAGGUAAUUCGGAAGGGUAUGAUCAAACUGUAGAGCAGCGUUAUGAUUCGCCUCAGGCCACCGGAGAGCUCGACAAUUUAAUUAUGAGGCCAGAGCUUUAUGCUGAACCACCAGCGAUGGAAGGGUUAUCCGCGGGCUAUGAUUCUCGACGUCGGAAGCGUGGUAGCGGUACCAAAGUAGGUGGAGCUGGCGCCGCUACAAAGGUGGCGACUAAAAACGGAUCAGGAAAGAAGAAUCUCAAGGCAAAUGACGCGCCGUUGCCAAUUGAUUCAGCAAUACAAGAACAUGACUCUAAUCGUCGGAAGCGUGGCAGUGGCACAAAAGUAGGUGGAGCAGCUGCCUCUGCUAAAACUGCCACGAAAAAUUCCGGAAGCAACAAAAAGAACUUCAGGCCUAUCUCAGAACGCCGUAAACGCGACUCCGGUUUAAGUGCGGCUGACGUCAGAGCUCUUUUAAAUUUGUGGGAAGCUCAGGAACGCAGAAAGCAGGAAUGGAACGCCAAUCAAUGGGCAGAUCGCUAUUACGGUCGCGUCAACAGUUUAGAUGAAGAUCAACCGGAAGUAGAUGAGAAUGGAGACGUAUGGUACAAUGAGCCAGCCGUGCUAGGACCUCGGGAGAGAGAUUUUCCAAGACAUUCAUAUUUCUCAGAACAAAACCGAAUGGGCUUAGGUCGAGGAAUGUCUGAUAUUUAUCAAGUGGACCCCAACGAAUUAGCACAAGUAGAGGCCCGCCGUAAGAGAAUGUAUAUGAAUAAAGUGAAACGUUUCAUGGUUGCUCGGAAACGUUCCGAUAUGCACCAGAACAAUUACCGACCUCGGGACGAUCUGUAUACUCUAGCAGAACUCCUACGUUCGGCACCUCGCGUUCAAGAACAAGACCUCCCUGUUUAUCGCCGACUGAUACUUUAAAGCAGUUGCUCGAAAAUUAUUAGUGUCCACUGUCCAUAGAACAAUCUGUAAGACAGAUACAUUCCAGAAAAUAACAUCAGGCUCGCCCUAUGUUCCAAAUAUUUCACUACCUACUUAAUAGUAAUUUUGGCUGAAUACGCACACCCCUUGUCCGUUAGUUCACGGAUGGAUACAUAAAAAAUUGGAGCAAGAGAUUGUCUAGCAUUUAUUUCGCAGUGUUAGGAUAUAGUCUAAAUUUAGUUUAGGAAAUAGAAUUAAUUGUUCGUAUUUAUAAUUUGUUUAAAUAAAAAAUAUAAGGCCUAAGAUUAAAAAAAUAAAUUUGGUAGUACCUAGGACCCAUGUAAGUAUGCAAUUUUUUUAACUUUUCUACUCUUUACUUGAUUAUUACAAAACAUGUACUUUUCUACCUCUGUUUUCCGCAUAUCUAAUAAAUAGAUAUAGAAGUAGUUUCAUCCAUACUUCUUGUAUUUGAAAUACAUUCAAUAUUACUACCUAAAUGUACUGUAUAGUGAAGUGAAAGUUCACAUUUUAUCGUAUGAAAUGCCUAGACUUAGACCUUAUGUGUAUAAAUGCCAAAUGGUAUAUAAACUUGCUGUAUUAAAUUAGCAUUACAAUA